UUGUCACCCAUAUCCUAUAAAAAAAACACGCACGCACGCACACACCACGCACGCACUCACGCACUCACGCACGCACUCACGCAUGCACGCACACACGCAUGCACACACACACACACGUGUCAUUUGGUGCUAAAGAGAGGUUAUCUUAAAAGUUUUCCGGGAGUUUUGAAAAUGUGUAAUUUUAAACAUUUUCAUGUAUUCUUUUAG